UGUAUUUUAUUUAAAUAAAGGAGUUUCAACAAUAAUUGAUGGCCCACUACAAGGGUGCCGCCAGCGAGGCUGGGCGCGCUGCUCAACUAAUGAAAAAGCGCGAGAUCCAGCAGCAAGAAAUUGAGUUCCGGAAAAAAAAAAUCGAGGAGGAGCUGAAGCUGGAUAAGAUUGAGAACAAGUUUGCGACACACUACGAUGCUGUUGAGCAACAGCUCAAGUCGUCGACCAUUGGCCUGGUCACUCUCGAUGAGAUGAAGGCUAAGCAAGAAGACAUAGUGCGAGAGAGAGAAAAGAAAUUGGCGCAAAAGAAGGAUGAAAAGGAUCGAGAGAAGCAGCGUGUUUUAGAAGCCAUACAAGCAGAGAAGAACAAACAGAAGCGUCAAAUACAAGCGUUAUCCUUCAAUAUAGAUGAUGACGAAGAAGAGGAAAAAGACGAAGACGAUGGAGCGACAGAGGAAAAGUUUGUCAAACCCAAGCCAGCCAAGUGGAUCGAUCAGUUAGAUGUGCAGAUGCCAGUCAAAAGAAAGAAAAUUUGUAAGAAUCCUGAUGUGGACACGUCCUUUCUGCCAGAUCGCGAGCGUGAGGAACAGGAGAAUCGCUUGCGGGAACAAUUACGACAAGAGUGGGUUAUGCAGCAGGCGGAACUCAAAGACGAGGACAUCUCCAUUACGUUUAGCUACUGGGAUGGCUCCGGGCACAGGCGAAAUGUGCUGAUGAAAAAGGGUAAUUCCAUAUAUCAGUUCCUUCAAAAAUGCCUGGAGCUGCUACGCAAAGAGUUCAUCGAGCUGAAGACUGUGAUGGCCGAUCAGCUAAUGUAUGUGAAGGAGGAUUUGAUAUUGCCGCAUCACUACUCCUUUUAUGACUUCAUCGUUACUAAGGCUCGCGGCAAAUCCGGCCCACUAUUCCAGUUCGAUGUGCACGACGAUGUUCGUAUGAUAAGUGACGCCUCCGUCGAGAAGGAGGAAUCACAUGCUGGCAAAGUGCUGUUGCGUUCGUGGUAUGAGCGCAACAAGCACAUCUUCCCGGCCAGCCGCUGGGAGCCAUAUGAUCCCACCAAGUCGUACGACAAAUAUACAAUCAAGGAUAACGACAAAGACAAAAACAAAAAAUAGAACUUCGAUUUUAUAUACUUUA